AUGCCUGAUAAGCCGGAGGUCAACGAGUUUGAGGCCGGGAGCCCAGGCUCAGUAGCAGCGCUAGCAGCCAGGGCGAGUGACGACUCGUCUCGAAGUACCACAAUAAGAUUCAAGUCUUCAUGGGACCACACGGCCUUUGUAGCCGCCCGCUGGUGCCACCAGGGCACUCCAGGAGGAGCGGAUGGACGAUGCACCCUCGCUCCAUCCGUCCCUGCUCGCCAAUCCCGUGGACCUGGACCCAACAUCGCCCUCGCCGUCGCCGUCGCCGUCAUCGCACCAGCACACGCCCUCAGGCCUGGAUGUGUGCCCUGGCAGCCGUUUACCAGAGGCUGUUUCUGUUGCCUCGCAAGCCAGAUGCCGUUGUACGGUCAGGAGUACAACGCCCUCCACAGUCACGGCUCCUGGCCCAUCGUGACAUCCAGUGUCCCACUUCCUUACCCACUGUCGUCUGCAGCCUCACUACACGACAAAGGUGCAGCAUUUCAGGGGAGUGGAAUGCGCUGGCGUGAGCUGGUGCCAGCACAGCAUGCGACAUAGAGUUUACAAGAAGAUCGAUCGAGGCCAACGACAUACUCACUGGGAACACGCCGCCAACGCCCUCUCGGCCGCCAGUAUUUAUUACCGCCGCCGUGGACUGGAGGGCCAGUUAGUUGAGUUAAUUCGAGUUAGUUCGAGUCAGUACGCGUGUGAGUUCCAGCAUGUCACCAAGAUGGAGCCGCAGUCACAGCCUCUAGCUCAGAUCCAGAAUAGUGAACAUACUGAACUUUGUACUUCACGAGCAGGGAGA